UGUGUGUGUGUUUUUUUGGGGGGGAAAAGCAAAAAUCACAAACUGAAAGGGAAGGGCGACGUUCUAUUUAGUUCAGCCGCCGCCAUUUUCGUAAUUUUUUCCCCUUGCAUCUUACUCUUAGGAGACUUCUCGCCUUCCGCCGCCCCCCCCCGGGCCCCUUUUCAAAACUAUUCAAACUGCCACCCGCGGCUUGGCGGUUUUGCUCUUCCGCAGCGCCAGAGGACCCGCGGGGCGGGAGGGGGCGGUGAGAGUGGGGGCGGCUCGCACGCGCCGAGAGAGCGGUCGCCAGGCUACUCCGGUAAACAACCCCCGCAGCAUGUCCCAGCUUCAGUUUUUGGAGCUGCCCAAAGGAGUUUACUUGCCGUUGACCAUAAUUAACCCUGGUUUGUGGUACUGGAAAGAAGAUUCUAGAACACUCGAAUUUUCAUGUGCCCAGCUUAAGGAAGAACUUAAGGACAGUAAAGAGAAAAAUAAGAAAGGCAAGACUAUCCAAUUUCAGGAACUUGGAGCAAAGCCACUAGAAAGGUCAGGUCCUCAUUAUUUUCGAAAUCUGUUUACCUUGAGUGUUUCUUCUGGAGAAGACAAAUCCCCUCGGCCGACCAAGAGAGCACAGUCUGAACUUAUAACUCUAGAAGAUGUUAAGUAUGCUGCUUUAUUUCUGGCACAUGAAGAUGAUUCCAUUCACGUUUCUUCUUUCUCCUUAGUUAUGAGGUGUAAGCAGUUGGAUGAUUUCCUCAUGGCUUUGUUGUACUAUAUUUCUUUUUAUCUGGAAAAAAUAAACCUGGAGAUGAAACCCAAGUCUUUUAUGGGAAAGAAAAUAUCAUCAUCUCGGAAAGACAGGGAAUUCUUUGAGUGCUUGUACACCUUUGCAUCCUACGUAGCUUUUGUGACAUUCAGACAAAAGAAUCUCAAGGAAAUCCAGCAAGAAGUUGGUAGAUUGCUCCGGUCAAAUAUGUUCAAUUCUGCUUUAAGAGAGAGAUCCAAGUCUAAGGAAAUGAAAAUGGAUAUUACCGAAGAAUUGAUGAAAGCCACAUUUGCCUUUCGCAAGAGAACAGAUGUUAAGCAGCCAGCCAUAAGAAGUGUCAUGGAUCAGCGAUCACCAGUGCUUAGUACUUUGCUGCCUCUGGCUAAAGACAGUGCUCAAUAUCUGUUUCAGGACCAUUAUCUUCGUCCCAGCAAAACUGCCCCACGUUACAUCCCAGAAAACUUACCAGAGUUGUUUUCUAUUGUGUCACCCUCCAAGAUUGGUAUUAUUGGAUCUCAACGCACCAAGUUUGUCCCUCAUACACUUUUACCAAUUGGGAGCACAGAGGAUGAGAAGGAAAAUGGGGAGACUCUCGAAAGAAGUGUCUCUUCAGUAUUGUCAAAGGAAAUAACCACAGGCUCUGGUAGGGCUGUUCAAAGCGGUGCCAGUCACCAAUCUCUGGCAAUUUCACGGGCUACGACUGAAGGAGACUAUAUUGAAAAUUCCCAGUAAUACAUGCUAGUAUGAGGGAUACAAUGCCCAUGUUAAAUCUCUUGGCGAUUUUCUAAUUAGCUUUUGAUUUUAUCCAUUACUUAUGCCUGAGAAAAUAUGGCAAGUUUAAUAAUAUUAAGUGUCAAAGUGCUGCCCAAAAUAAUACAUGAAAAAUCCUCAUGAGGACAAAUACUAUAAACACUUUUGGUUUGUACCAGUUUAACUGCUAUAGAUAUUCAGCCAAAAAUGCUGGGAAUGUAAACUAGCUUUAAGUAUUUGUAAUUCAAAUAUCUGAAGGUAUUUCUAGUCAUAUAUGAAUUAUUUAUGACUAAUAAAGCAGUUUAAACUGGAACUUUGGAUACUCAUAUAGACUAAGUUUGUAAAUUAUGUCUGUUAAACAAUGGUUUGAUUUAGUCCAACUGACUCAAUUGCUUGAGUUCAAUACAACACAAUCAGGUACAUUUAAAAUUUCUGUUGACAGAUUGGUUUUGCAAAUGUGUUAGAUCGUUCAAUGGAAUGUAUUGUAUAAUUAAUCAAGCAGUAUGGUUUUCAAACAGGUAAAAGUAUCUAUAUUAAAAUCAUAAGAGAAAUAGGCACAAAUAUACCUAUUUUAAGAGUAUACCUACUUUAGAUAAAACUGCUUCUUAAUGUGGAGGAAGAGACUGGACAGCCCCUUGUCUGGAAUAGUAUAGGGUUUCCUGCUUGAGCAUGGGGUUGGAUUAGAAGACCCUCAACAUCCCUUCUAACUCUGUUAUUCUGUUCUGUUGUGUUCAAUAUAAAUGUAGCAAGACACUCUUUUAUUGAGUGGAUGUUCAAAACCUAUGAUAUUGUAACCAAGGAGUCUUUGCCUUGCAUUUUACAAAUCCCUCAAAGAAGUAAAAUAUGAAUUUAUUUAAAAUAUGGAAGAUCAGCUGGAACAUCAUUUGCAGAUAUAGUGCCCCUUGUUGGCUCCUAUCUGCUGCUUUUGGCAUGCUAAAGGCAGCUAAACGGCAAUCGUAGACAUGAUCUGACAGUUAUUCCUACAUUACUCAGAUUCUAUGGAUGGCGAUUUUGUUUGUGUGCUUGCUUAAUCUUGUGAAGUUAAUUUUAUCCUAGACUAGUUUCAAACCCCAGAGUUAGAAGGGGGGCAUUAGGUAAUGACAUUUUAAUCACGGAAUCUAAAUUAUCUGUACUGAUUAUUUUAGAGAUCAAAGUGUUAUAUGAAAGCAGGGAAUGGUUUUAUUUGCUAAACUAUAGUUCAACACAACUAUGUGUUAACAUAAUCCAUUUUAGACUGACUGGGCCUGUAAAUAUAAGGAACCUUGCAUUUGGUUUACUAACAUAAUUGAUAAUACCCAGAAUUCCUACUCAGUAUAUAUAAAACCCUAUAUUUCAGUAUAAUUGUUUAUUUAUAAAACAAACCCUGCCCCUGGUAAAUGCUAUCUUUAUUUACUUAUUUCAUUUACUGAUUGAUAAUUUAAGGCUGUUUGACUCUAGAGUGACUUUGUUUGGCUUAUUGUCAAAUCCCCAAACCAAGAAAGACACAUGGCGAUCCCUUCAGGUUGAUUUCUUCAUCGUUCCACACUAUAGACAGGAUCUUGCCAAACUGAAGCACUCUACUAGCUACAUCAAACAUAAUUUGAGAACUAUUAGGGAGGAGUUGUCUUCACCCUAUUUGUCUCACACAACUAUCUGGACUGAGCUGCCUCUUAUUCUUCUGGAAUGCACUGCUCCUUUCUGGAAAUCCAGCCUACGACAUUCCAUCACACACUAUAAAGAAUAUAGACACAGAUUUAAAAGACAGUAAUAAACAGAAAAGUAUACAUGUCUGGAAACAUUCCCACAAAAUACACCUGAUGGGCUCAACAACCGCUCUAUUCUAAUCCUGGGAAAGAGUCAGGUUUUCUAGGAGACUAUAACAGUGGGAAUUACAUAGACAUUCCCUUCUGUUGAGGGAAUUGCAUUUUUCUAAGUCA